GCGACGAGGACGGCAGCGACGGCAGCGGCGCAGGAGGCGGUGGCUACGAGGGGGCUGCGGAGCAGGCGGAGGAGGCGUCUGUGCCGGCGGCUAGGUCGCAGAGAAACAUCGUUGGGAUCAGCGACUAUCGUCUAUUCUACAAGAUGAGUAACAGCCACCCUCUUCGCCCCUUUGCUGCAGUGGGGGAAAUUGAUCAUGUGCACAUUUUGUCUGAACAUAUUGGUGCCUUGUUGAUUGGGGAAGAAUAUGGUGAUGUCACAUUUGUGGUGGAAAAGAAACGUUUUCCUGCCCACAGGGUCAUUUUAGCAGCCAGGUGCCACUAUUUUCGAGCACUACUGUAUGGUGGAAUGCGAGAGUCUCAACCUGAAGCAGAAAUCCCUCUCCAAGACACCACGGCAGAAGCAUUCACAAUGCUGCUCAAAUACAUCUACACUGGGCGGGCAACGCUGACAGAUGAGAAAGAGGAGGUGCUGCUGGACUUUUUGAGCUUAGCUCAUAAAUAUGGAUUUCCAGAGCUGGAGGAUUCUACGUCUGAGUAUCUCUGUACCAUACUUAACAUUCAGAACGUCUGUAUGACUUUUGAUGUCGCCAGUCUCUACUCGCUUCCCAAGUUAACUUGUAUGUGCUGCAUGUUUAUGGACAGGAAUGCUCAGGAGGUGCUCUCAAGUGAAGGUUUCCUCUCCCUUUCUAAGACAGCACUUUUAAACAUCGUAUUAAGAGAUUCAUUUGCAGCUCCUGAAAAAGAUAUUUUCCUAGCUUUGUUAAACUGGUGUAAACACAAUUCAAAGGAGAAUCAUGCUGAAAUUAUGCAGGCUGUACGUUUACCUCUGAUGAGCCUCACUGAACUUCUGAAUGUUGUGAGGCCUUCAGGACUCCUGUCUCCUGAUGCCAUUCUGGAUGCUAUUAAAGUACGGUCAGAGAGCCGGGAUAUGGACCUCAAUUAUAGAGGCAUGCUCAUACCAGAAGAAAACAUUGCAACCAUGAAGUAUGGAGCCCAGGUUGUAAAAGGAGAGCUGAAGUCUGCCUUAUUAGAUGGUGAUACUCAAAAUUAUGAUUUGGAUCAUGGAUUUUCCAGGCACCCAAUUGAUGAUGACUGCCGUUCAGGCAUUGAAAUCAAGCUAGGUCAGCCAUCCAUUAUCAAUCACAUACGGUUACUCCUCUGGGACCGGGAUAGCCGGUCUUACUCAUACUUCAUUGAAGUAUCAAUGGAUGAACUGGAUUGGAUCAGAGUGAUAGAUCAUUCUCAAUAUCUGUGUCGUUCUUGGCAAAAAUUAUAUUUUCCAGCCCGUGUCUGCAGGUAUGUUCGAAUCGUUGGGACUCACAACACAGUGAACAAGAUUUUUCACAUUGUGGCUUUUGAAUGUAUGUUUACAAACAAAGCCUUCACUAUCGAGAAGGGACUAAUAGUUCCCACAGAGAAUGUUGCAACAAUUGCUGAUUGUGCCAGUGUGAUUGAAGGAGUCAGUCGGAGCCGAAAUGCCUUGCUGAAUGGGGACACUAAGAAUUAUGAUUGGGAUUCUGGCUACACAUGUCACCAGCUAGGAAGUGGUGCCAUUAUGGUUCAGUUGGCACAGCCAUACAUGAUUGGAUCAAUACGGUUACUACUUUGGGACUGUGACGAUAGAAGCUACAGCUACUACGUUGAGAUUUCUACCAACCAGCAACAGUGGACCAUGGUUGCUGACAGAACUAAAGUCUCCUGCAAGUCCUGGCAGUCAGUAACUUUUGAAAGACAGCCUGCCUCCUUCAUCCGGAUCGUUGGGACACACAACACAGCCAACGAGGUGUUCCACUGUGUCCACUUUGAGUGUCCAGAGCAGCAGAAUAGCCAGAAGGAGGAAAACAGCGAGGAACCAGGGACAGGGGACACCAGCACAGCUGGUCAGCAGCUUGACCCUCACGCCCUGCGGGCCCCCGGUGGCAACUCACUGCCCUCCAGCCCAGGCUCCAACUCGCACUCACCCAACCAGCAGCAUCAAUAAAGGAGGCAGUGGGCCUGUGGGACUCGGUGUGCCCUGACACGGCAGGAGGUGGCGUGUUCUCCCUGAGCAGGGGCUUUGUUGAUUGCCUCCUCCCACCCCCGCCCCUGCCCCCGCCGACCCAGUUUCUAGGGAGGAGCAGACCUGGCUACAAAAAUGGACACAGACAGGUUUUUUUCCCCAAGGACAGAAAGGGGCUGUUUUGUUCGUCUCAAUUUGUUCAAAUCGGUCUGGUCUCCAGGGGGAGAAAAUGGGUCUUCAAUCUUCAUCAAGUCCACCAUUAACACCCUACCUCUCUAAUCUAACCCAGGCAAGGGAGCAGAGGAGUAAUAGGCACGUGCUGGAACACAAGCGUGACCCAUGAGCGCACCAGCAGAAGAGGAAGUACCAAGCUUGUGUUACCUGGAGGCUGUUUCCAGACAGCAUGUGCCUGUGUGGAGCACAUCGCCCUGGCAACUGAGUGGUUUCUACUCUCUUAGUUAUUCUCCAUUUGCUGAAUCACAGGUGUUCCAGAUCUUUUUGAAAUGCUUAAGCAGCAAAUCAUUUGUUUUAGUCCCAUUUGACGCUGUAAUUUCCCUUCCUUAGUUUUGCCAGGGUGAGCGUGAGUGAGAGCAGGGACACUCGCUUCUCCACACUGAGGCACAGAUGCAGCCGUCACAGUGCCUGGUCCGAAGAGGAAAAGCCUCAGAGGAAGUUCAACAACACACACAAUGGGCAAAUCAAUUUGUGGACACUGGAGUUAAUAGUCACUCGAAUCACUGAGUUAUUAACCUGUCAUUCCUGAAACAUAUCUAGCCGUUAAGCUGGGGAGGCUGAUGAGGAAACAGUCACCAUGCCAGCUGCGAAACAUGUCCCAGUCCUGGCCUGCCCAGGACUGGCACCUGGCUCAUCUGCCCUCCAGUUUUGUUUAGCACAAGCUUGGGAGGCAGCCCCUGCUCGGCAGCUUUGGAGUGUCCGAGGUGGUGGCUGCAGUGCCCCGCACCGCAGGACUCACCUGGGGCUGGAGAACAGCUGCUCUAGGAAGCUUUUUUCCCCGAUCUCAUUGCAAGGAUCUCAUUUGACUACUGAAGCUCAAUCUGCCGUGUCUCCAACUUGAUGACCUCCAUCCCAGUGCGACUGCCCUCCCAGUAGCUGCUGGGUGCUAUCUGCCUCUCUAUCUCCUGACUCUGGCCUCUGCAGUGCCAGCCUGAGAAUGUCCUCCCAACAGUGUGGCCAAGCCAGUGGUACAGGGGUCCCAGGGUCCUCAGUGGUCCUGCUACCUCUGAGAGGAGAGGUGAGGGCUCCAGGCUUGCCUUCUGGUGUCUCAAAGACAUUAGCAGGGGGUAUAGAAGAGCCAGCAGGUCAGCUGUUUUCUCCUAGUUUAAAUUAGUUUGGAGGGAUUUAUCCAUAAGGGAGCAUCCGAGGGUGCAUGAUUAAAUGGGAAGGUUCUCUUUCUGUGAACACAGAGCUACAGAAAGCAGAGGAUUGCCCAGGUGGAGAGGAGCUGCUCCUGGGGGCAAAGCUACAGGUCCCCCCCCCACCAGAGUGCCAGGCAUUCCAUAUAGGAGAUGGCAAAUGGUAGGGUGCCUUGCCCACCACAGGGCCCUCCAGCAUGGCCAUUUUCUCCGUCAGCAUCUGCCCCCAGUCACCAAUUAGCACUGAUGGCUCCUGCCCGCUCAGCACUUCCUUUAAGGUGUGUUCCCUGCCCACAUGGGGACAGAGGAGCCAGAUCAGUCAGUCAUAUCAAGGGCAGAGUUCAAAUGAUUUGAAAGACCUAUUCAAAGACUUCUUUUUAAACACUGAAUUCACCUGUCCAGAGGCCCCAGGCCUGGAGCGCACUUCUGACCUGAGGAAGAGGAGGUGGGCUGAUGCGGGGCUGGGUGUCUGCCCCUUCCCUCCUAUCCUUAGUUUCCUAUGGUAUAGGCACCUUCCAGACCUCUCUCCUGACUUCUGGCACUUUGAAGAUGCCCAUUACCGAGCAGCACCCGUUACAAAGCUGGUGGGUUCAAACCCAGCCUGGGCCAGCUAAAGCAACAAUGACAACUGCAAUAAAGAUCCCUAUUAGCAGAUGAAGAAAAGUAAGGGGACAGUGGCGAGGCACUAAGCAUAGAUGUUAGCAGGAAGGACUGAAGGCAGGCUCCCGCCCCCCACAACCCCUGCUGUGCUGGAGGGAAGGACUCAGGGGACCCCAUCGGGUCUGCCUUCCUUGCCAGGCUGGGGGAGGGUCCUUGCUGUGCCUUCUGAUUUGGGGCAGGUGGCUCUUGUAUAUCCAGCUUGGCCUGGACACCACUGUCAAAGUGUGUCACACUAGGCACAGGGCAAAGCCCUCAUUUCCAGGGAACAGAGACGAGUAGGCAAGACAGGUCCCCAGACAGCAAAGAAAGGGGAUAUUGCCAGAAUCCCUGUCUUCAUUUUUUACCACUUUGGGAGAGUAGAAAGAAAACAUCGCUGUUGCUUUGGGGGAAAGCUUCCAAAGUCACCUUUGACAGCUCUCGGGAGGGCCAUUUGGGGUGGACUGAGCCACCACCAGGCAGGGUAUGUACAGAGGCAGGGCUCCUAGCAGGGCAGGAGUGGGUCUUGCUGUGAGCAUUUGGGACAUGGAUGAAAGCGUAACAGCAGCUACGGAAACAUCUCUUUCUCACACGCAUGCACACACACUUGUUUUCCUGUUUUCUGAGUGCUUUUUCUGUUUUUAUUCUUUUGGUUUUAGUUAGAACCAUGAGCCAUGAUGGUUUUCAAUUGCUCUUUAAAAAUUGUCACUUUUAAAAUCUUAUUAAAUGAAGGGUCAAUUCCUGACAAAUACAUUUAAAAAGUGUUUUAUUCCUAGAAGAGCUGGGAAGAGAAAUGAUUUUCAGCAAGGGUAGGAUGUGUUUGUUAGACUGAUUCGUUGGCAAAAAAAAAAAAAAAAAUGAGUUUUUGAAUAGUGCAAAAAAUUGCUCAGUAGUUAUGCUGUCGUCCAAUUGUCAAACUGCUGUGCAGACGGCUCUGACCCAGUCAACUUCACCUGCUUUUUAAUCUAGAAGAUAACAGAAUUGUAAUCACUUAUCCUUUCUGAAGCCAAGGGGGGAAAGGAAGGCCUAAUCUACAAUAAAAAGUAGAGCGUUCGCGUGCUGAGGGCACUUGGUAAUAAAGAAACAGAACUUUCCCCAUGGCAGACUUCAGUUAAGAACCUCCCUUUGGACUGGGAAGAAAGGUAUCAAAAAGGAAAAGAAAAUUAAAUUUGCCUUCUUGCAGGAGUUUCCUCUCCUUAGCAUUUGCUUCACAGUGUUAUUUGCAUGCUGCCUUCUACGUGGUGGCCAGCCCUGCAGGAUGGCCGGACAGUGGAGGCAGUGAUGGGCACAGGCCACGCUCCAUUUAUUUUUGCAUCUGCAGCCAUCAAGUCUGUAUGUUUGUCCUGACAACAGCCCCAGCAGGAGUUCCGCGCUCGUUAGUAGCCCUAGGAAUUUACAAUGCAGUUCAUGGUUCUGUGCCCCCACAGGUUUUAUUAUUAUAAUAUUAAAUUAGAAGUCAUCCUGGUGCCUGGCAUUUGCUCUGGACUUUGUAGAAAGAGAGAAAGGAAUGGCUUAAACUGCUUGAGGGACAACUAGAAGCUCCCAUCUUUUUCCCUGACUCAGACCCAGACAAUGACUAUCCGGGGACAGGAUUCUGAGCCCCGGUUGUCUGCGGAGUGAAUGGUAAAGAAGGUGGAAGGGUGAGGUCCGGCGCCAAGUGGGCCGAGGAAGCAGGAGCAGCCAUGUCCCCAGCCUUGGGGCCAAACUUCGCUCAUCGCCCAAAGAUAGACAAUGAAGAUUGCCAAUGAAGAAAUGACAGGAGAAGCUGCCUCAAAUCUGUCUCCCUAACUAAGGGAGAUCUUGGGCUUUUAAAGGAGGACCACUUGCCUUGGAGCAGGUCGUGGAGUAUUCAUUUUUCUUUAGGAGAGGGUUGAGAGGGAUGGUGGGUCUUGGUGUCAUGAACUCUGCCCAGGGUCCUUCAGAAUCUCAGCUCGUUUGUCUUGCCAAAAAGCCAUUAUUUCUGGGACUGACAUUUGUUUCAUGGGGGGGCAUUAACAGAGGUAUCUGGCUUCCAGCUGGCAGAGGCGGCAGCUGUGCUGUCCUCCCAGGACACUCAGGCACACGCAAGCUCCGUGUCACUCCAGCCAGGACUUUCUGCUGGGCUAAGGCUGCAGCAAGGGGGCACAGAAGAUUCCAGAACAGCCACAUAUAUACUUGUUUGAAAAUCACAGUUCUCUUUUUAAAUUACUCAUUAAAAAAAAUUACACAGGUACAACCUGCUCGUGUAAUAAUGUCCUGACCCAACAGAAGGGGUAAGGGUGCCCUCCUGUCUGGCUCUGGGUCCCUCUGGACCUGCCGCAUCCUCUUUUGCUACUCCGAGCCUUGCCCCUGGCCAGAGGGGUCCCUGCCCCUGCCUCCAGCAUUACAGCCUCUGCCAGGCCAGCCCGCUAUGCCCAGCAAGCCUCUAGCCAGAAGACAGACCAGAUGCCCGUCAGGUUAGCUGCUGCUUUUUUUAAAGAAUCGAAAUAUUUAUUCCCCCAGAGGCCUUCUGGCCUGAAGACUCACAAUCAUCUACUCGUAAUUUAUGAUAAAUGUCUCAGAGCAUUUACCAUUUGCAUCCUUGAGUAUUUUUAGCCCUGAGCAGGGAAGGUGGGGGAGGCGGCAGAGGCUGGAGCCUCACCCCUGCACCUGCUAUUGUCUCCUUGGCAGAGGCUCCUCCACCUUCUUCCCAAGGCCUUGGAAGGCCAGCGGCUCCUCCAGGCGGAAGGCACCAAAGCAGAGUCUCUGCACAGUGGUGGAAGCGGCAAGAGGGCCCCUCUCUGUGCCCUGGGACACUAGUGACACUAUUACAGUCCAGUUGUCUGCCGCCCUGUUGCCUGCUCGCUGCCACAUGAGGCCCAGGGGAUUGUGGCCAGGACAGUGUGGGUACCUAUCUGAGCAGCAUUGGGGUAGACAGCAUGGCUUCUCCUGAGCAGUCCCCAUAGCCCCAAGUUCCUGGUUGGUCUUUGUCCCGGUCCCCUUCCAUCAGAGCCUGGGGGUUUGACAGGACCCCAGGGUGGAUGGGGCUGGGACUGGAUAGGCCUUGGGAACCUACAAGUGUGACAGAGGUUCCUGGGGCUCUGGGAUCAGCCGUCCCCAAGUGGCUCAGGGUGGUCUACCCCAAAUGACCUUCUGAGAGGCUGCAUCUGAUCUCAGGAACAGUCAGGAGUUUCCCCAUCAGACUUUUCCUAGUAUGUCACUGCAGCCACCCUAUUCUGACCCUCCCGAGCCUGGGAUGGCAAGAGGAGAGCGGCUGGCUCAGCCUCAGGGUGAAGGCGAGGGCUCUCACCAAACGUGUGUGUCUAACCAGGAUUCAUCCGAGAACUGGAGCUGCCUCUCCCUGGGGGUCUCUGGACCCCCAUUCCCAGGCUUUUUGGGGAUGGGCAGUGGCCCUGCCAGGUCAGGUUGGCUCUUCUAUUCUUGGAGCCUUGUCCCAGAUGCUAAAGAAGUCCAGGGGCAGUGCUGCUGUGGGAACUCAGACCGUGUGACACCCUGAGCCUGUGUGCGUGCUGCUGUGGGUUCCAUGUUACAAAUAAAGUGAUGAUGACUUCC